AUGUCAACAACAGUCCUUGAGCAGCCAGCACUUCAGCAAGUGACGGAUGUACACCAGUACGAUUAUAGUAAUUUGAGGCAAUAUGUUCAUCCUCCCGAGACCAAGGACGACCUUCCUUGGUCUGAGCUUGUUACUCUUGAUCUAGAGGACUAUUCUCGACCUGGUGGAAAGGAGCGCUUAGCCAAGCAGCUAGAGCAUGCGGUUCAUCAUGUGGGCUUUUUCUACGUAAAGAACUAUGGGUUGACAGACGAACAAGUGCAACAACAGUUCACACUCGCCAAGAACUUCUUCGAGCUUCCUACUGAGAAAAAGGAGCCCUUCGAAGUAAAUUAUGCAGCCGCAGAUUAUAACGGCUGGAGGAGACCUAGACGUCAGUUGGAUGCGUCGAACCAAGCAUUUGGCAAUAUCGAGAUGUAUAAUUUUGCGAAAUUCACCAAGGACUUCGAGGGCAAGUAUGACCAUCCUGAUUUGAUCAAGGCACACCUGGAGGAGAUUGAAGUUUUCCAUCGCGCACUUCACAGCAACGUCGUGCUUCCUCUGCUGCGACUUUUUGCAAUUGUUUUACAACUUCCUGAUGAAGAUUAUCUCGUGAAGCAACACACAUAUGAGAAGAAGAGUGAAGAUCACUUCCGGUACAUGAUCUAUCAUCCUCGUACAGAGGAAGAGUGGGCUGCAGCAGACUAUGGCAAGAAAGGCGGCCACACCGACCUUGGAACCGUGACUCUCUUGUUUCGCCAGCCGGUCGCCGGGCUUCAGAUAUUGGGCGAAGAUAACGAGUGGACCUGGGUAUCUCCUCAGCCUGGUACGAUCACUGUCAAUCUGGCGGACACCAUCUCUCACCUGACUGGAGGGUGGCUUAAGAGUUCAGUACACCGCGUUGUGGCACCUCCCAAGGAUCAACGGGAGUACAACCGCACAGGUCUUCUCUACUUUGCUCGACCACACAAUGACACGGUUUUGGUUCCAAUCACGGACUCCCCUGUCCUCGAGAAGGCUGGAGUAAAACCACGAUUUGAACAACAUGUGACAAUGGAACAGUGGGUUAGAGCGAAGCAGACGCUGCAGCUCAAUCCUGAUAUUGCAGCAAAGAAGUACUCAGAGUCAAAAGAUGGAACUGUCGAGGUCCUUGCUGGAUUCCGGGAUCGUAAAUACAAGGAGUGA